CAUUACGUUUAUUUUGUCCCUGUUCCUGUUGCCUGAACGCCGGCGGAACUGUAUAUUGACCGGAACCGAUCAUUGAAACGCGAAGUUCCGGCGGAACCGAAGACCCUCAACCCCAUGGGCAGACUUCUCCAGGUUUCGACUCCGGAUUAUGAUUGUCAUUUUGGACUAGUGUGUGGUGAUAAUCCACUCAAGGGAUCGCAAUUGUGGAGCUAGAAUGACUAUGUAUUCUUGGGUUACACUUCCUUGGAGAGUGGAGAAGGUUAUCCUGGGGUAUUGCACGAUUAGUAUAAAACCACCCACGGACUCCCACGUGUAAGAUAGGUACUCUUAUGUGUCCAUAUCGUUCACUUGUUUCAUAUGAUUAAUGCACAGAAAUGGCUAAGGGUAGAUUCAGUCAGCCGUACUUUGGCUUGAAAGGAGGAUGGUUGACGUUCUGGGUAACCGUUGCAUGUGCAACGGAUAUGAUGUUGUUCGGUUAUGAUCAGGGUGUUUUCGGUGGCGUCAUCGUAACAAAAGACUUCCUUGACGUACUACACCUUCACAACAACGCCAGCCUUGUGGGAACAGUCACGGCUAUUUACGAUGUUGGCUGUUUAGUCGGAGCCAUAGCUGCGAUGUACGUCGGAGAAAAAUGGGGCCGCAAAAAGACCAUCUUAUUCGGAACGACAAUCAUGUCCAUUGGCGCUGUUCUACAGACCGCAGCCUAUGGUGUGCCUCAGAUGAUCGUCGGCCGGGUAGUCGCCGGGAUUGGAAACGGUAUUAACACGGCCACGGCCCCCGUGUGGCAGGGCGAGACUUCACAGAUUAAAUGGAGAGGAAAGCUCGUGAUCAUUGAAAUGAUCCUUAAUGUUGCCGGCUAUUCGCUCUCUAACUGGAUGACCUUCGGGUUCUCCUUUGUGCCUGGACCGGCUUCAUGGCGGUUCCCACUUGCCUUUCAAUUUAUCUUCAUUUUUGUCCUUUAUGCUACCGUCCCAUGGCUUCCCGAAUCGCCUCGUUGGCUGCUUAGCCACGAUCAAACGGAGAAUGCACAGCAGAUCAUCGCCGACCUGGAGGACAAAGAUGUCCAUGAUCCUCACGUCAUUGCAGCCUAUACCGAGAUCAUCACCGCGGUACAAUAUGAACGCGAACACGCUAUCUCCUGGAGUGAUCUCCUGCGCGGCAAGACCGGAGACCAGGGUGGUACCUGCGUGAUCCGUCGUCUGAUACUAGGAGCCGGCGCACAAGCCAUGCAACAGCUGGCUGGUAUCAACGUCACAUCAUAUUACCUGCCAACGGUGUUAAUGGAAUCCGUCAAACUAUCCGAAACGCUAUCACGACUCCUUGCUGCCUGUAAUUCCGUCUCAUACCUAAUUGCUAGCACGCUAGCCAUUCCUAAGAUUGACGGCUGGGGUCGACGGAAACUCAUGAUCUGGUGCGCCUUAGGCCAGGGAAUCUGCUAUUUGAUGAUCACUGUUCUACUCCGAUUCAGCGAGAAACCAGACUAUCCACACCAGACUCAGGUGGCAGCUGCAGCAGUCGCCUUCUUCUUCUGCUACUAUCUGUUCUUCGGAUGCAGUUACCAGGGUAUCGGAUGGCUCCUCCCAGUGGAACUAAACUCCCUCAGCAUGCGGACGAAGGGAGCUGCGCUUGGUACGGCGACAAACUGGGCCAUGAAUUUCAUGGUCGUCGAGGUUACUCCAGUCGGUAUCCAGAAUCUGGGAUGGAAGUUCUAUAUUAUCUGGACCGUCUUCAACUUUUCUUUCAUCCCUAUUGUCUACUUCUUCUAUCCUGAGACUGCCAACCGCGCGCUGGAAGAUAUCGAUAUCUUCUUCCGCGAGAAUCAUAGUAUCUUCGUCAAUGGGAACCCGGAGGCCAUCAGCGUCGCACGACCGGCACGGUAUAUUGAGAUGGAGCAAGCUCUCACAGACCAAAGUACCUCUAUCUCGAAGGCAAAGCAGAUGCUAAGCCAUGAUGAGGGACAGAUCGAGUAUCAUGAAACUGUUUAAGUGGUUUUCUCAUAGUGUAUAUUUGUGUUGUAUCUUACCCCAUGUACUU